AUGUUGUCCCCAAUUUCUGCCAUUUUCCCAUCGGUUGAACCGAUGCCCGGAAACCCAUUUCAGUCCUUUGAGAAUGGCUUCACGCCUUGGGACUGUUUUGACCCCGUUCCAAGUGUACCUCAAUCACCAAAACCUGUUGGUUCGUGUUCCGGUUCGGAUGAAUCCAACCGGUUGAACCAAAAUCCAGACAAUUCGAACACAAACUCCGGCUCUGAUGAUCCAAACCCUCCAGUUUCGGUCAUAGAUGAAAGGAAACGUAGGCGGAUGAUAUCAAACCGGGAGUCGGCAAGGCGGUCACGGAUGCGAAAACAGAAGCACACAGAAAACCUAAGGAACCAGCUGAACCGGCUUAGGAGUGAGAAUCGGGAACUGACGAACCGGUUGCGCUUUGUUUUGUACCAUGUCCAUAGUAUACGGAUGGACAACGACCGGCUUCGGUCUGAAUCUAGUAUUCUCCGAAAAAAGCUGUCGGACAUACGCCAAAUUUUGAUGAUCCGGCAACUCCAACAAUUCACGUCCGCAUGGCCAUGCAAUAAUAUUAUUACUGCCACCGAACAAAUAGCUCCAUCAUUAAUCACUUCAUAA